UGGUAGGAAUAAUGUUACAUGGACUUAAAAACUAGACUUGAUAAUUACAAUCAUUGAUUUUACUGUGGGUCUCAUUACCUAUUCAAUGAUUGUAAUUAUCAAAUCUACUACUUUAAAAUUUAAUUUUUAAAUUCGUGUAUCGUUAUUCUUUUGGCAUGCUACUACACACACGGUUGUCAUUUUUUCUUUUUCUUUUUUUCUCCCUUUGUUCUCUUGUGAUGAUUGUGAAAUUUUUGACCGUUUAUGAUUAGUCCAGCUAAUAGAAAGUGUCCCAUCAAGGGUAUUUGUUUUCAACUUUAAGAUCUAAUUAAAUCUUGAAUGAUGGUAUCUGUUUAUGUUUAUUAGAGUUUUGAUUUUUAAGUAUAAAGUUUGGGUGCUUGUUGAAAAAAUAAGACGUAGCUGAAGUAAAGGGACCAAAUCAGAGCAUGUCACAGCCCGAUCGUGCUUAUUAUAUAAGGAAGCUUGGCUAUUAUCUGGCUAUGCUUUUAUACAAGCAUAUAACUACCCCCACUCUCUUCUCGCACACAUUCACACAAGCACACGAGCAAGCAUGGGCUUCAAGGGCGAGCUCUUGGUGUGCGCAAUAUUAGAAUGUGAAACCAUGGAAGAAAUGUUAUCUUCCAUGGAGAAAGCAAAGGAAGAAGGUGCAGAUUUAGUGGAACUCUGUAUAAACUCCAUGUCCUUUUCCCACAUUUCUGAGGUUGAACAACUCCUCAAACAAAGGACUCUCCCUGCAAUCGUCUCUUUCAGGACAUUUUGCAGAGGUGACUCCAAGAAGACAUGUUUGCAAGUUCUGCAACUCGCCCUCCAACUAAAUGUCGAAUUCGUCGAAAUUGAGCUUGAGGUGGCUUCUAAUGUUGUCAUGACUGAGCUUAUGAACAAAAGAUCAAAUAGCAAGCUAAUUGUAUCAAGCUAUAUACAAGGUGGGCAUCUUUCUAAAGAGAAACUUGGCAACCUGGUCACAUGCUUGCAAUGCACAGGGGCAGAUGCCAUCAAACUUGUGGUUGAUGUUGUUUACAUUACAGACGUUGCACCAGUUUUCCAUAUGCUUACCCAUUGUCAGAUACCACUAAUAGCCAGAGCCGUGGGAGAUAGAGGUCUUAUAAGCCAAUUAUUGGGCCCAAAAUAUGGUGCUUUUCUAGUCUCUGGAUCUUUGGGAGGCAAUUCCAUUCCUGGCUUGCCACCCCUAGCUAGCAUCAAACAAGUUUAUAAGCUCGAAUAUAUGGAUGUGGAUACAAAAGUUUUUGGUGUCAUCUCAAAUCCAGUAGGCCAUAGCAAAGGCCCCCUUCUGCAUAAUCCUGCCUUUAGACAUACAAGAUAUAAUGGAAUUUACGUCCCGUUGCUUGUCGACAAUGUCAAAGAAUUCUUUAGGGUGUAUUCUUGCAACGACUUUGCGGGUUUCAGUGUUGGAAUUCCACAUAAGGAAGCAGCAGUAGAGUGUUGUGAUGAAGUCCAUCCCCUAGCUAAGUCCAUUGGAGCUGUAAACACCAUUGUAAGGAGGCCUACUGAUGGGAAGCUGGUUGGUUACAAUACAGAUUGCGAGGCUUGUAUAUCUGCAAUUGAGGAUGCACUUAGAGAAAGACGAAUUACCAAUGGGCAAGCAUCUCAUGCUUCUCCUGUUGCUGGGAAACUGUUCGUUUUGGUUGGAGCAGGAGGUGCUGCAAGAGCAAUGGCUUUUGGUGCCAAAAGCAGAGGAGCAAGGAUUGUCAUUUUCAAUCGUAACUUUGGUAAAAACUGAAAACUCUCCACUUAACGUUUAUAGGCAGUUUCCUUUUCUCCAGACUCUGAUCCUUCUUUUCAAAGAGAGAGCAAAGGCUCUUGCACAAGCAGUUUCUGGUGAAGCUCUGCC